AUGGCCUCGAUUUUCGAUGAAUCGCGACGAUGGAUCCUCAUCAGCUGUCUGGGGGCCUACUUUCUCUCCAUGGCGAUGAUCUAUCAGAUGAGCCCCUUCUUCCAGAUCUAUGCCAAGGACACAACCGGCGCCGACGAAGCUACUGUUGGAGUGAUCUUCGCAGUCAUGCCAUCGGCCUGCUUCAUAGGCAAUCUGGGAAUGGAUCGGAUGAUCUCAAGGCUCGGUGUGGAAAUGACUCUCAACGUUGGCCUUGCAAUGCUGGCCUUCAGUUCGCUGGGCUUUGGCUUUGCAGGUACUGUGCGAGGCUGGCUCUUCUGGCGAGCUCUGCAGGGAUUGGCUACUGCACCGAUCUACACCUCCAUAAGUACCCGUCUAGCGCGCAGCUUCACUGGCCACGGCGAGUUCCAUCAAGUUGUUGGCAUACAGGAGAUGCUGGGCAACGCAGGAGUCACCAUCGCACCUCUUCUCGGAGGAGUGUUGUUUUCGUGGGGUGGCUUCAAGCUUCCUUUCAUCCUGAGUGCCGUCAUGCACCUGCUCUUUCUUGGAAUUACGCUCUGCUCCAGAGAUCCAGAUACGAGCGAAUCGCAGCCGCUGUUGGAGGGUCAGCAAGGCGAGACUGAAGCUGAAGCUACUGCUUCGUCUGUGGCAUCGCUGCCAGUGAUGCUGCUGAACGUCGUUCCAUUGGUCUGCCUGGGUGUCUUUGGUGGCUAUGAGCCGAUUUUGGGCUCGCGAUUUCGAGAUGUGUUGGGCCCAAUCCACCCAGCAACCGUUGGCUUCCUGAUGUCGAUGUCUGGAGUGCCGUCAACCUUCUUUACCUUCUUCGUGCCAGCUUUAGUGGAGCGGAUCGGCUCGCGGAUGCUGAUGACGCUGGGCUUGCUUCUCUACGCCCUGGGCACCUUCUGCUUUGGUCUCCCUCCGGGUGCUACAGGCUCCACGAUGAAUUGGACCGCGCAGCUGGCAGCCUUGAUGUUGAUCGGCACUGGCUGGGCCCUCUGCUGGACCCCUGCUCUGCCCUGCAUGGUCGAUUCUGCUGUGCUUCGCAUGGUCAAGGAUACUGGGGCCUCUGCUGAGGUCGCGCGACACAAGGUAUCGCCUGCCGUGUCCACUCUCUUCUGCGCCAGUGCUGCCCUGGGUGAGGCUUCAAAUGCGGGACUUAGUGAAGGCCCUCGGCCCCACGUUGGGCACCGAGCUCCUGGCGUCGAAAGGCUUUACAGUUGCCAGUACCUCCUAUGCUGCGGCCAUCACGGUCUAUGCGCUUGCCAUGCACAGCGUCAUGCGUAG